AUGAAACAGCUAAGAACAGUAAUUGAACAAGGAUGGCCACAAACAAAACAAGAACUACACCCCUUGGUGGUACCAUACUUUCAGAUAAGAGAUGAGCUAUUAGUGCAGAAUGAUGUCAUUUUUAAAGGAGAAAGAAUUGUCAUUCCUUCAGAACUGCGACACAUGAUGUUAGAAAAAAUACACUAUGCCCAUUUAGGAAUCAAUGGUUGCAUAAGGAGAGCAAAGGAGUGUUUGUUUUGGCCAGGCAUGACAGCAGCAAUAAGGGACUAUGUAGAGCGAUGUGAGACAUGCAGACUGUUUGAUCAUAAACAGCAUAAAGAAACUCUCAUGUCCCAUGAAAUUCCAUCGCGACCUUGUUCAAAAGUCGGCAGUGAUUUGUUUGAAGUGAAGGAUCAUCAUUAUUUAGUCUUAGUGGACUAUUACAGUUCCUUCACUGAAGUUGAAAGACUUACAACAACAAACACAACAGCAGUCAUCAGGGCCAUGAAAAAGCAAUUUGCCCGAUAUGGAGUACCAGACACUUUGAUCACAGAUCGUGGACCACAAUACACCUCAAAUGAAUUUCAGGAUUUUGCCAAAGCAUGGGAAUUUCAACACAACAUGUCUAGUCCUGGACAUCAUCAAAGUAACGGGAAAGCGGAAAUGCUGUUAAAAUAG